GUCAUUGUGAGCGGAGCGCAGCGCGGGGCAGCCGAGCGCUCUGAGCGCUGCGGAGCGCCGGCAUCCGCGGCAGGGCCGGGGCCGCCCCAGCCCUCCCGCUCUCGCUCCCCAUGCUGGGGCUGUAGGUCGGCUCGGUCGGUGUGCGGCGAGGGUCGCUUUUCGCGUUAGGUUCUUUUUCUUUUUUUUUUUUUUCCUUUUUCCUUUUUUUUUUUUUUUAUUUUCUUUUUCCGCUUUCUUACAGUCAGUUUUUUGGUUUUUUUGCUUUUUUUUUUCUACGCUUUGCCCUAAACCAUGGUGCUGGGGAAGGUGAAGAGUUUGACAAUAAGCUUUGACUGUCUCAAUGACAGCAAUGUCCCCGUCUACUCCAGCGGGGACACGGUCUCAGGAAGGGUCAAUUUAGAAGUGACGGGGGAGAUCAGAGUGAAAUCGCUCAAAAUCCACGCGCGCGGGCACGCCAAGGUGCGCUGGACCGAGUCGAGGAACGCCGGUUCCAACACUGCCUACACGCAGAACUACACGGAGGAGGUGGAGUACUUCAACCACAAGGACGUCCUCAUCGGCCACGAGAGAGAUGAUGACAACUCUGAGGAAGGCCUUCACACGAUCCCUUCGGGAAGGCACGAAUAUGCAUUCAGCUUUGAGCUUCCACAGACACCACUUGCUACCUCAUUCGAAGGCAGACAUGGCAGUGUGCGCUAUUGGGUGAAAGCCGAAUUGCAUAGGCCUUGGCUUCUACCAGUAAAAUUAAAGAAGGAAUUUACAGUCUUUGAACAUAUAGAUAUCAACACUCCUUCAUUACUGUCACCCCAAGCAGGCACAAAAGAAAAGACUCUCUGUUGUUGGUUUUGUACCUCAGGCCCAAUAUCCUUAAGUGCCAAAAUUGAAAGGAAGGGCUACACCCCAGGUGAAUCAAUUCAGAUCUUUGCUGAGAUUGAGAACUGCUCUUCCCGUGUGGUGGUGCCAAAGGCAGCCAUUUACCAAACACAGGCAUUUUAUGCCAAGGGAAAAAUGAAGGAAGUCAAACAGCUUGUUGCCAACCUGCGUGGAGAAUCUUUAUCAUCCGGCAAAACAGAAACCUGGAAUGGGAAAGUGCUGAAAAUUCCACCUGUUUCCCCUUCAAUCCUUGACUGUAGUAUAAUCCGUGUGGAGUAUUCACUAAUGGUCUAUGUUGAUAUUCCAGGAGCCAUGGAUUUAUUCCUUAACUUACCACUGGUCAUUGGUACCAUUCCUUUACACCCAUUUGGUAGCAGGACGUCAAGUGUGAGCAGCCAGUGUAGCAUGAACAUGAAUUGGCUUGGUCUGACACUGCCUGAAAGACCAGAAGCACCUCCUAGCUAUGCAGAAGUGGUCACAGAGGAACAGAGACAGUCCAGCCUCCCGCCUAUAGCUGCUUGUGAUGACUUUGAGAGAGCACUGCAAGGACCAUUAUUUGCGUACAUCCAAGAAUUCCGCUUUCUGCCUCCACCACUUUAUUCAGAAAUUGAUCCAAACCCAGAUCAGCCUACAGAUGACAGACCAUCUUGCCCUUCUCGUUGAAGGAGUCCAUAAAAAGCUGACUUGACUUGGGUUUUGAAUCAUACCUGCCAUGUUGAAGGUCAAGGCGUUACAGUGGAGACACUUUAGAGGAAAGUGGUUUUGCUCUUGCCUGUAUGGUGAAUACAUGAAAACAACCUGUGAUUAUGCUUUGAAGCCUACAAUAACAUUGUAGGACUGCUCCACUUGCUUGAAGACCUGAGCUUACCCCCUCCCCUCCCCUUCUUCUCGUUUAAAUACUGGCACAUACUAGGAGCAGCCUUACUAACCUACAGUCAUGUGUGUCAAAACACUCAAACCACAUUGCAAGAGAGGGAUGGCUUUCUCUUAUGAUUUUGAAGAUUUGCACAUGCUCAUGGCUUAUUUUGUGCGGUUCAGUGUCACUACAGCUUUUUCUCAUUUAUGCCGCACUGUUGUUACCCCCCUCUACUUGUUUGUGGUCUGCACAAGAAGGAGCAAAAGAAAGCUUUGACAACAACAAAAAAACAACAGCUAUGGACUUUGACAAAUGCACUGACUUUUUCUUUUCUAAUUUAAUGUAGCCUGGACUUUACCUGCAUAUGCACAUGCUCAGAAUUGUCCUAGUAGGCUGGUCACGUAUCACCUCUUCAGCUUGGAUCCUGUCGUGGAUUUAUUUACAAACAUCAAAUGCCUUCAAGCCAAUCCUUCUUGCUGUAUGUUUUGCAGCCUACUGUAGUAGAUAAGCAACAUAAUGGGGAUAUAUUAGGGUUGGGGGAUGGAGAGAUAACAGAAGGAGACUAAGACUUUGUCAAGAUUGUAUACCUUCUUGAUUUCUUUAAGAGUUUGUUGCCUUUCUACUAUUAUCGCAAAGCAGCAUUUUGUUACAGACUGCCUAAAAAUCACUUAAUCUCAGGUGAACUCAUCACUUGCCAAACUGUUGAAAUGCUAUUUGUUUUGUUAUGUUGCACUGUUUAGUUACUUCUUUGUUUUGUGUGUGUUUUGUUUUAGUUCUUUAUUUGAGAGGGGGAUCUGCAAUAGGGACAUACACAAAAGUUAUAAAAGCCACCCUCAUUCCCUUUUUUUUUCCUGCAUUAUGAAAAAGAGAUGUUUCAAGUUGUGAAGCUUUAAAAAAUAAAAACAAUAAAGGCACAAGUGAAAGCAGCACCAGUAAACACCAGCUGAGCCUCAAAAGAAAUCUAAAAGGAAAUAGGCUAAUGCUGUCCAGGAUUCACAGGCAGAGAGAUAUUUCAACUAGUAGAGAUGGGAAGAGAAAGUAAAUUUAUUUUUUUACAUAGUUACCUAAUCACCAAAAAUACUAUAUAUUAUGAGUCUCUAGUAGCAAGUAUAUUUCAGACUGCAGGAAAAGCUUGGACUAUGCUAAGAGCUCAGUUUGUGCACUUUGUAUUAUCUUCAGGGUUUAUGAUACUGUAAAAAUAGUAAGAGUAGAAGUAUAAUUAAAGUGGGGGAAGAUCAGUGUUACCAGCCAUAUGUGGGUAUUAGUUAGCUGAGAAUUGCUUCAGUAAUUACAUUUUCUGUGGUACUCUCAAGAGUUUUAAAGCAAAAGAGCCAGUUUCAGUAUGCAUUCAUUCAGAGUGCAAGAAAUGAUGCAGAGUGCUUGCCCCUGAGUGUACCCCUAGGAAGAAAAGAGUGCACUGGAGCCAUUACAUCUGCUAACACAGAUACCAGCACUUCCUUGCCUAGAGAUUUAUAAAAGUCAGCUUCCCUUUUCAGAACUCGUGUAGCACAGACCAUGUACAAAGGGACACGCUUCUGGUAUUGACCACUUAAACAAAUCAAGGUCUAAUCCAUCAUGUGUCUAUUUCCUUGUGCAAUAAAAGCUCAGACGGAAGGGGGAUAGAGGAGGCUGGUGUUCUGUGUGGUGCUUGUUCUUAAAAACCUCUGCCUUCUUUUUAAGGCUUCAUGCAUACGACACAAUAGGCUUUUCCAUAAGUGGCCUUUACAAGAACAUGAAAGAAAAUUCAUGUUUCAAAAACGAUGACAGGGUGAUAACACAUGAGUCACGUUUUAAGUGAUUCAGUUAAAAGUUUGGACUUUGAGCAAGAAUACUGGACAAGAAGGAAAUUGGGUGAUGUCUUACGUUACUAGGCCAAUUUUGUGAAUGUCCCUUCUCUCUACCCUCUCCAACCAAGACAAAAAAAGCUAAGGGGAUCGUUGGCAUAAAAGGGCAUUUGGUGGUUUUACUUUUUUUUCCUUUUUGUUGUUGUAACGGACUAGGGAACAAUUUCUGAUACACAUAGCAUUAAAGUUCUUACCACAAUACGAUGGAGAAUUGCAUAUGAAGCAGGAUUGACCAAUAUAGUAAUUGACAUGGCUUCACAGCCUUUGUGAUUGGAGUGAAAAAUUCUAUCACUUUAUAAAAAAAAGUAAAAAAAUUCUGUUUAAAUUCUUAGUUUUUCAGAGGCAUUACUCUUCCAUAAGUAUUGGUCAAUUCUCAGCAUUAUAAAUCAUGAGGUUCACAGUUAUAGCCCAGUAUUUUAUAUAGGAUCCUGAUCUGAAUUAGGAAAAAGUAAGUAAAAUCCAAACGUUAGAGAAACAAAGUGCAAUAUUAAAUGUUUGCUUUAUAGAUUAUAUUCUAUGGCUGUAUGUAUUUUUUUUCUUUUUUUUCUUUUUUUUUCUUUUUUUUUUCUUUUUUUUUUUUUAGUUUUGGUGCUGAAUAUGUUCUUGUAGACUCUGUUUUAAGAAAACAAUAUGUGGAAAACAGUUUAAUUUUUUUCCUAUUGCUCUUACUUGUGGAAAAUAAACUUUUUUUUUUU